CAUUCGAUGUUUUUUUCAUGGCAACAACAACAUUUGAUGAUUUUCAUGUGAUCAUCAAUUUUUUUUUGGCAAACAUAGAUUCUUGCUUUGCAUAUUUCACCAACAAGAAUCAUCAAUGUUUGUGUGUUGUAAUGAAUUCGUCACCCAAAUUUCAUUCAAACACUGUCGACAUCCAUAAUUUCUGAGUGUCUGACCUCGAUUAUCGUCGUCGUAAUAAUCAUGAUUUAGAAUUUUGCGUUUGUGUUCAAGUCAAUAUUUGUUUAAUCAAUUUUUUUCAUCAAAAAAAGAAAAACCGCAAACCAAAAAAAAAUGUUAUGGUAUUGUGGAUUCGAUGCAUUUCUUCAAUUUCGUCAAAAACCUGAACAAGGUAUUUUUCUUCAUUCAUUGGGCGAUCUUAUCCUAGAUGAUCAUGAUAAAAUAAUUCAAGCAUUUAUUGGUUGGUGUUCGCUGUUUCUACAAACAGCCAAAGGGCAGAUUAUAUUUCUUGGUUAUUCAAAACAAAAACGUCAAAAUAGUAUGACUGUUUGUUCAAAAGUACCAAAAUAUAUUAUACAAAUUGAAUGUGGUUCAAAGGAAACAUUCCUGGUUACAUUAGAUUCAAAAAUCUAUAAAUGGUCUGGAUUCAAUUUCGAAAAAACAUUACCCGAAUUAAUCGAUUUUAACGAAAAUACCAACAACGUUGACAGUGCGAAUGAUCAAUCAUCAAAUAAUCAUCAAGAUGAUAAACAGGAAAAAAAUAUCAACGUCGAACAAGUUUGUAUUGGUGCCGAAUAUUCAUGUUUGAUAACCGAUCAACAUAAAGCUUAUUUAUUCGAUUCAACGGAGUUACGUUUGAUUAAACCGAUUAGCCGGGAAAAUGAUCAAAUCAUUUCGAUUAGUGCUGGACAAGAACAUAUACUUUUACUUACCGAUGAUGGUAUUGUUUUAAGUUAUGGUAAUGGUAGUCGUGGUCAAUUAGGACAUGGAUCAAUUUCGAAUGUUGUUGAUGAUAAGGCUGAAAUCGUGGAAGCAUUGGAAGGAAUUCGUUUCAAAGCUAUUGUAGCUGGUGGUUGGCAUUCACUGGCAUUAUCGGAAAUUGGUGAUGUUUAUGUUUGGGGUUGGAAUGAAAGUGGUCAAUUAGGUUUUGACCGUUCGAUGAUCAAAAUCGAAACCAUACCAAAACUGUUGGACAUAUCAGAAGAUGAUCAUUUUAUUGCCAUUGCAGCUGGUUCACGUCAUUCAAUGGCUGUUUCCGAAAAUGGCCUAUUAUUUGGUUGGGGUUGGAAUAAAUAUGGCCAAUUAGGAAUCGAUUCAACACGAAUUGAAUUUAUUGAUACACCAACGGUUAUACCAUUCGAUCAUCGUGUAUCGAAUGUCAAUUGUAAAUUCUGGUCUAGUCUAAUUGAAACGGAAAAUGAUUCUACACCCACAGAUGAUAAUGAUGAAAAAAAUGUAUCAUAAUUUUUUUAAUGAAAUUUUAUUAAUAAAAAAAUCAAUCAAUUUUUGGAUCAAUCAAUUU